UCCUGGUUACAGCAACUAGCGGGCGCAACAGUAAAAUAUUGCAGUGUGGAAUAUAAGUGCCGCGUUACACUGAAUAAAGGUCUUAUUACAGAUGUGGCGACCGGGCAGGAGAGAGGCAGUUGGAGAGGAGGGCGCAUAAAUGGACGACCGGAGUAUAACGUCGCCGGCUGCAGAAUAGAACGCUGUCACUCCCGGGUAUGACCGGCUUCCACGGUCGAACAUAGUCGCGCGGGAGUCGAAGAGGAGGAGGAAGAGUGUGUGAUAGUGUGUGUGCGUGUGUGUGCGUGUGUAUGCAGGUACAGGAUGCGUAAGAGGGGGGGUGGCGUGUUCAGGGGUCGGGGCCGCGGGCGGGGGAGGGGGGGUCAUCGCGGCGGGGGACAUCGCGGCGGGGCCUCGUCUCCGUGCCGACUGGACGGCUCGUUGUCGCGGGAGACGCUGACGUACGCGCAGGCGCAGCGCAUGGUGGAGGUGGAGCUGGACGGCCACCUGCAGCGCAUCGACAUCGCCGACCGCCUCCCGCUGCUCACCGACCAGCAGCUGGCGCAGGAUGAUGACAUCACCGAGUGCAACAGCAACAAGGAGAACAGCGAGCAGUCCCCUCCGCUGCCGCACACACACACCAACACACACACACACACGAGGGGGGGCCGAGGAGGGGCGCGCGCGGGACGCAAGGCCACGGGCGGACGCCGCAAGGACGGCAAACACACCACCUCACCACUCAAGCACACACACACCAGUGGCAGAGACAUCUCCACACACACGCACACACACACGCCCCUGCCGCGGCCCACCUUCCGCACGCUGGAGGGGUUCGAGGCGAGCGAGGCUCCCCCCCGGCCCACGGGCUACUACCGCUACAUAGAGGGAGGGUGUGACGGCGAUGGCGACGGUGACGGGGACGGCGAGGGAUCGGGUGCGCGUGCGGAGUACGACAUGGAUGAAGAGGACGCGGCCUGGCUCAGCAUCGUCAACAGCAAACGCGUCUCGGACGGCAUCGCCUCGGUAACACCCGAUACCUUCGAGCUGCUCAUGGACCGGCUGGAGGCGGAGUCGGUGCUGGAGCAACGCAGCCAAUGGCAGAACGGCGCAGGAGGGCCGGGGGGAGGGGCCAACGCGCAGGCGGACGACGAGGACGCCUACUGCAGCGUGUGUCUGGACGACGAGUGUGUCAACUCCAACGCCAUACUCUUCUGCGAGGUGUGUAACCUAGCGGUGCAUCAGGAGUGUUACGGCGUGCCCUACAUCCCAGAGGGGCCCUGGUUGUGUCGUCGCUGCCUGGUGUCACCACAGCGCCCUGUCGACUGCCUGCUGUGCCCGAAUCGCGGCGGUGCCCUCAAGCAGACGAGCGACGGGCGCUGGGCCCACGUGAUCUGUGCCAUCUGGAUCCCGGAGAUGUGCUUCGCCAAUACCGUGCUGCUGGAGCCCGUAGAGGGUGUGGCCAACAUCCCGUCCGCCCGCUGGAAACUCACCUGCUACCUGUGCAAGCAGAAGGGAAGAGGAGCCUCCAUACAGUGCCACCGGCCACAUUGCUACAGGGCGUUCCACGUGACGUGCGCCCAGGGGGCCGGGCUCCAUAUGAAGAUCGAACCAAUCAGGGAGAACCCCAACGGAACCUUCACCGUGCGGAAGACGGCGUUCUGCGACACCCACUCCCCUCCGCCGGGCGAGGAUGAGGAGGAAGAGGGAGAGGGGGGCCGCAUGGGGGGGCUCAGCGGCAGCCGGGGUCACAGAGGCCAAAGGGCGUACACGCUGGCGCCGCCCCCACCCCCUCCCCAGAGCCAGCGUGGGGGCAACAAGGGGCAGAGAGGGCAGAAGGGUCGUCGAGGAAACCAGGGGGGCAGGAGGAGUAACAUACCAGUGCUGUUGGUACCACAAAUACCCUCUUACAGGUUGAAUAAGAUCUGCACUGGUGUGGCUGUUCAGAGGAAGAAUCAGUUCAUGCAGCGUCUUCACAACUAUUGGCUGUUGAAGCGCCACUCUCGCAACGGCACGCCGCUGAUUCGCCGCCUGCACGCACACGUGACCAAUCAGAGGACCACCGAGCAGAGGGAGCCAGAUGCUAAGGUGCUUGCGGUUCGAGAGGAGCUUAAGUAUUGGCAGAAGCUACGACAAGACCUGGAGAAAGCCAGACUACUGGUGGAACUGAUCAGAAAGAGAGAGAGACUAAAGAGAGAACAGAUGAAGGUCCAGCAGGCGGCGCUAGAGCUGCAGUUGACUCCGGGUCUGGUGCUGAUGAGAUCAACACUGGACCGACUGCAGGAGAAAGACACGACCGGGAUAUUCACAUCCCCCAUCAGUCUGAAAGAGGUGCCGGAUUACCUGGAGGUCGUGUCGUCACCGAUGGACUUCAGCACCAUGCGGGAGAGGGCGGAGUCACAGGCGUAUGGGGGCGGGGCAGAGGGUGUAGCCAAGAUGGAGGAGGACUUCAGCCUCAUGGUCAACAACUGUCUACGGUACAACCACAGCCAUACCCUGUUCCACCGCGCGGCUCUGCAGCUGAGGGAGGUGGGAGGAGCCAUAUUGCGCCAAGCCCACCGGCAGGCGGUUGCCAUCGGCAUCGACCCCGAGACAGGCAUGCACCUGCCAGAAGCCCCGCCCACCAACGCACACACACACACCUGCUGGGAAGAGGUGGAUGCCCUGCUCCAGCCUGGUAACCGCUCCCAUCUGACCCCAGAUCAGCAGCUGAGAGCUCUGUUGGAGCAGCUAGACGCUGUAGUUUCCAUGAGGUCCAGUGGGGGGCGCACCAAACGCCUUCGGCUGCUGAGGAGGGAAGUCAACAGCCUGCGCCACCGCAUCAGCACACAGCGCACACACACACACACCACCGACACACACACCAGCACACACACUGACACACACACCGACACACUCACUAACACACACGACACCGCAGCGCAAAUCAGAAAGGAGGAGGAGAAAGAGAAGGAGAAAGAGGAGAAGAGGAGGAAAGGAAACAAGAAGAAUAAGAAGAAGGAGGAAGAGUAUCCCUCCAUCACGUCACACACACCAGACUCAAAGGCUAAGACCCCACCCACUACCCCAUCAUGCCCCGCCUCCUCUCCUCUUCCUGGCGACGCCCCUCCUUUAGCCCUACCCCUCGGCCCAGAGAGCACCGGGACUCGCACCCCUGGCCGCUCAAGAGGCAGGGGGAGGGGACGCAGGCCAUUGGACAGCCGAGGGAGAGGGGUGGGCCUAACAGCAGAGGAGAGUCAAUCAGAGCCGGAGGUGGGAGGACUGACCAACCUGUCACAGAAGGAGAACGGCCUGCCCCCCUCCCCCUCCCCCUCGCCCCCCUCCCCCCCGGUUGUCACGGUGAUCGGGGUGGGUCGCCGCACCUCCGUGCUCUUCAAGAAGGCCAAGAAUGGCGUGCGGGGCAAGAAGGUGGAGCCUGUUGUCAAUGGGGGCGUGGCUGAGAAGAGUGACAGCCCACCAACCACUCCUCCACAGCCGGAUCGGACUGAGCGUGCUCCCUCGGAACCCUCGUCAAAAACGGGACCGUCGUCCAAGAAGGAACCCUCGUCGAAAACGGGACCCUCAUCCAAGAAGGAACCCUCGUCGAAAACGGGACCCUCAUCCAAGAUGGAACCCUCGUCGAAAACGGAACUCUCAUCCAAGAAGGAACCCUCGUCGAAAACAAGACCCUCAGCCAAGAAGGAACCCUCGUCGAAAACGGAACCCUCAUCCAAGAAGGAACCCUCAUCGAAAACGGGACCCUCAUCCAAGAAGGAACCCUCAUCGAAAACGGGACCCUCAUCCAAGAAGGAACCCUCGUCGAAAACGGAACUCUCAUCCAAGAAGGAACCCUCAUCGAAAACGGGACCCUCAUCCAAGAAGGAACCCUCGUCGAAAACGGAACUCUCAUCCAAGACGGAACCCUCGUCGAAAACGGAACCCUCAUCCAAGACGGAACCCUCGUCGAAAACGGAACCUUCGUCCAAUACGGCACCACCUGUGAAGACGGAACCACCUGUGAAGAAGGAACCAGCUGUCUCCGCCCCUAGCCCUGCCCCUAAUCCCGCCCACAGUCUGUACCCCACCUCACCCCACCACCUGCGCUCACGAGGACCCAGCAACCUCUUCUUCUGCGACAUCCUGAACAUGCACUCACACACACACAAGCACACAUACAACAAAGACACACACAAACCCAAACAGACCUCGGACACGCACACACAUGCCUCGGAGAAACACACAUCCAGUUCGGACACGCACACGGCCAACUCAGACAAACAAACAGUAUCAAAAUCAGAUAAACACACAGAAAAGUCAGAUAAAAACACACCAGUGUCGGAAAAACACGCAGCCAAGUCAGAAAAACACCCAGUCAAAUCGGAAAAACACCCAGCCAAAUCGGAAAAACACACAGCAACAUCAGAAAAACACACAGCAAAAUCAGAAAAACACACAGCAACAUCGGACAAACACACGGGAAAGUCGGACAAACACACGGGAACGUCGGACAAAAUCACACCAGUGUCGGAAAAAGACACAUCCAAAUCGGAAAAACAUACAGCAAAAUUGGAAAAACACACACCAACAUCGGACAAACACACGGGAACGUCGGACAAAAACAGGCCAGGGUCGGAAAAACACACAGGAACAUCGGACACUCUCAAGACCCCCUCAGACAAACAUGCACCUGCCAAACAUAGUGGUUUGACCAAUGGCUGUAAGAGGCACAGAGAUGAUUCACCUGACUCUGGCACCGACACACACCAUGAAGAACACAGCUGUCCCCCUCCUAAGCGCAGCAAAGUAAGGCCUCAGGAGCCGAUCGUCAUCCCCAAAACUCCCACAGUCCAGCUGGAGAACGGAGACUCCGGCACAGGUGAGAGUCUCCAAGAGGGCCCUGAGGAGGAGUGGGAGGAGCUUGUUCCUCUUGACUUGGUCUGGGCCAAAUGCAGAGGCUACCCCUCAUACCCAGCUAUGAUGGUGGACCCCGAGAUGCCUGUUGAGGGGGUGUAUCAUAACGGGGUGCCGAUCCCCGUACCCCCCCGGGAGGUGCUGACACUUGGCAGGAGGAGACAGGAGGAGGCAGAGGACAAACUCUUCCUAGUGCUUUUCUUCGAUACCAAGAGGACAUGGCAGUGGUUACCGCGUGACAAGCUACAGCAUCUGGGAGCGGACGACCAGUUGGAUCAGCAGUUGCUGGUGGAGGGAAAGAAACCCAACGUGCGCAAGUCGGUCCAGACGGCAUACGCACGUGCCAUCACACAUUUGCAGCACGUCAGGGGAGAGGCCGAGGACUUAAUUUAGACUCCGUUUUUGUGUGUGUAUGUGAGCAUACACACGAGCCAUCACACACUUACAGCACGUAUGCGGAGGUAUGAAUACGUUCAUACAUACGAGUUCAUACAAACCGCACGUGUGUGUGUGUGUGUUUGCCUAGACUGCAUACACACGCGCCAUCACACCCCUGCAAGAUGUAUUAGGAGACAAAGAAGACUUCUUUUAGGCUCUGUGUAUCUGAAUGUGUGUGGCAUCCAAGCCUGUGACACCUGACACACACACACACACUAAUGGACGUCGCCCAUCCCGUCAUUGUUCUUAUUGAGGAGGCAAAGCCACUAGAGUUUGUGUGUGUGUGUGUGUG